UCCCUGUCAGACUGUUUUCAUCUCUUCUCUUCUCUUCGUCAAAAUGGCGGACGAAGGAAAUUCAAGCUUUUUUGUUGCCACAUUUGACAAACUGAUUUGUGAAGAUGACUCCGGCACAGAUGAGAACCCUCUCUACUCAAGCAAGGACAAACAGCAAGUGUCCAUGUCCAUGCCGAGGCAUGAAUCCAGUCAGAAUCCUUACAGGCUGCUCACAGUGAUCCUGGCAGUGAUGGCUGUCAUUCUCCUGGCCAUUGACAUUGGCCUGGGAGUCUAUUACAACCAACUCACUGGUGGGCAGCAAACAAUAAAAGACAUCGACAGUGAGUUGGCCAAACUGCAGGAUGGUUACAAUGCUGCGAUCCAAAAAAGGAUCGAUGCCAAGAAGCAGCUGGACAGAGAACUCGGUGAGCAGCAGCGACUCAAGUGGGAUCUUGAACAUCAGACCAAAAGUUCCAAAGACUACGAGAAUCAGAUUCACAGAAUUCAAGAUGAAAUCUCAGAGUUGAAAUCCAUCAUACCCCUACUCAGCAUGAGUUGCAGACACUGUAACCCGAGAUGGACGUUCCUGCACCUUAGGUGUUACUACAUUCCUUUCUAUGACCUCCCUAAAAGAAGACCGUGGAAAGACGCCAGACAGUUCUGCCAGAAGUUGGGAGGCGACUUGGCAGUGAUAGACACCUCAGAAAAAACCGAGUCAUUAACUAAAUUGAUAAAAAGUCAUCAUGAUCCCGCGAGAUCAAUAUACCAGGGUGGCUUCUGGAUCGGACUGAGCGAUGUGGAAGAGGAGAACACUUGGAAAUGGCUGGAUGGAAGAAGACUGACUGAGUCAUACUGGAACGACGGCGAGCCCAACGAUCACCGCAAUGAGGAUUGUGGAGCUACGUAUCCCAGGGACAACCCCUUUAAGGCCUGGAACGACGCUCAAUGCAAUAACUACCUGAAAUGGAUUUGUGAAAUGGAACCACAUGACAUGAGUUAAUGUAACUUUUUUUCAAGGUUUAAUUCAAGUGUAAUUGUUUGAAAGAACAACUAACUGCACCUUAAAGACCUUCACACAUCUUCCAAAUUGUUCCUUUUAUUGUCGCGUCAACAUUUUGUUGAGAAUACAAAAUAGCAAGAGAGGUUUUGAAAUACACACCUGAGUUAAGAAAUGAACUAUAAAAUGUAAGUUACUUAUUUUACUGUAAUAAAUAAAAUCUUUACUUUA